AUGCCGCCAAGGAAACAAGUUGUUACACUCGAAGAGAAAAAAUCAAGGAUACUCAAUUUCUUCCAAGAAGAAUUCUCCUUCUACAAUAUGAAAGAAUUAGAAAAAUUGAUACCUAAAAAGUGUGGAAUUUCAUCUAUGUUGGUCAAGGAUUUGGUCCAACAGAUGAUUGACGAGGACGGUAUUGUAUCUGUAGAAAAAUGUGGUAAUAUCAAUAUCUACUGGUGUUUUAAAAAUCAAAUUACGCAGAGGAUUUAUGAUAAUUGUCAUAAGAUUUCACAACAGUGUCAAGAUACUAAAAUUUCUAUUGAAGAUACUAAAUGUAAAUUAAAUUCCGCCACUGCUAACGAAAGAAGUCCCCGUUUCCAAGAUAAUAAUGGGAAAACACUAUCGAGAUCUAAGGAAUUGACCAAACAUAAAGAUAUAGAAGAGAACCUCAAAUCUCUUCAGUUACAGUACAACCAAAUUUCACAAUCAAGGUGGGAUCAUGACAAGAUCAGACGUAAACGCCAAGAGAUUCGUGAUAAAAGAGAUAAACUAGAAAAAAUGACUGACAACGUCGAAAUUCUUAUGGAAUACCUUUGUAAAAGGUUCUGUUUAGAAUCUAGACAAUUGAGAAAGGAGUUGGAAAUUCCUGAUGAAUUUGAAGAAAUCCCCAUCGUAUGA